AUGUCCACAGUUUCUAGCUAUUUUAUGGGUAUUUCUAGCAAGAAAAAUGGUUCUUCUGCGACAGCGAACAAGCAGUCGACACGUCCUCAAGAAUCCCAUCACCAUCGACGUCAACAGCCCACAAGCCAACAAUCCACUGAAAUGAACGGAACGACGACUGCGCCAUCAGGUGGCACGUCAUCUGGAACAACGACGACGUCUUCUGGAGUGCCGACGGCGUCGACUGGCGGAGGAUCGGCACGAUAUUCGAGUAGCAGUAGCGGUAGAUCGCAUCCGACCACUGGUGGAGGCUCUUCAUCACAUGCUCGCUCAUCUGGCCAAUCGGGAAUGUCCAGUCGAUCGGCGGCACGACGAAAUGAUCAGGAUGUGCACGUUGGAAAGUAUAAGCUUCUUAAGACAAUUGGAAAGGGAAAUUUUGCAAAAGUGAAACUCGCGAAGCAUGUCAUCACUGGACACGAGGUCGCCAUCAAAAUCAUCGAUAAAACUGCCCUAAACCCAUCCAGCCUGCAAAAACUGUUCCGUGAAGUGAAAAUUAUGAAACAAUUGGAUCAUCCGAAUAUUGUGAAACUGUAUCAAGUGAUGGAGACUGAACAGACGCUGUAUCUGGUUCUGGAAUACGCGUCUGGAGGUGAAGUGUUCGAUUAUUUGGUAGCUCAUGGAAGGAUGAAGGAGAAGGAAGCGAGGGCAAAGUUCAGGCAAAUCGUAUCGGCUGUCCAGUAUCUGCACUCGAAAAAUAUUAUUCAUCGAGAUUUAAAAGCAGAGAAUUUGCUGUUGGAUCAGGAUAUGAAUAUUAAAAUUGCCGAUUUUGGAUUCUCGAAUACCUUCUCCCUGGGAAACAAACUCGACACGUUCUGUGGCUCACCGCCAUACGCCGCUCCAGAGCUAUUCUCGGGAAAGAAGUACGAUGGUCCAGAAGUCGACGUAUGGAGUCUCGGUGUCAUUUUAUACACACUCGUCUCCGGAAGUCUUCCGUUUGAUGGACAGAAUUUGAAAGAGUUGAGAGAACGAGUGCUGCGUGGAAAGUAUCGUAUUCCUUUUUACAUGUCGACGGAUUGUGAGAACUUGUUGAAGAAAUUCUUGGUUAUCAAUCCACAACGACGAUCAUCGCUGGAUAAUAUUAUGAAGGAUCGAUGGAUGAAUGUUGGAUACGAGGAUGAUGAGCUGAAGCCGUUCAUCGAGCCGCCAAAGGAUCAGAUUGAUGAGCAGAGGAUCGAGAAGUUGAUACAGAUUUUCCAACUGGGCUUCAACAAAGCAACGAUUCUAGAAAGUGUCGAAAAGGAGAAGUUCGAAGACAUCCAUGCCACUUAUCUUCUUCUAGGAGAACGAAAAUCUGAUCCCUCUCGAUACUCCCGAUCCUCCGCCACCGCCACCGGUCCUUCCAUCACCUCUGGAGCCGCCCUGGCCUCUGCAGCCAACGCCCAAAAGCACCAAUCCUCUGCUGCCCCUGCCUCCGGAUCUUCAUCAUCUAGAAGAAGUUCUCAGAACGACGCGGCCGCAUCUGGAGCUGGUGGUACUGUAGUGAUGAGUGGAACGCGACACGGAGGAGUUCAAAUGAGAGCUCAGCCGACGAGUCGACAAGCUGCGAUCAGUUUGUUGCAACCGCCGAGUUAUAAGCCUUCAUCCAACACCACACAAAUCGCUCAAAUCCCGCCAUUGUUCAAUAGAAACUCUACUGCAACCUCGUCUACAAACCAACCAUCGUCUGGAAUCACUGCUGGAACACGGAAGAUUGAUCCGAAGGGACGUAUUCCGUUGAAUUCAGCUGCUGUGCAAUCGCAUAGAACUGCGACUGGAGCCGUUGCGGCCAACACUGGCGGCAUCCCAAGUCAACGCGACCACUCACAACAACAACAGCAAUAUAUGAAUCAGUUGACGUCAUCGUCGAUGAUGUCCAAAUUGAUCAAUAAGACGCCUGCAGCUGGUGGUGCCAACGCAACAACAUCUGCAACGUCAGCAGCAGCAGCACCGCUUCAGAAGUCUGGCUCUCAAAUAUCACAUGCCCCUACGGAGCCAGUGAUUCGUGAAGACGAUGAUGAGAGCAAUAGCGAGCAUCAGAAUGGAAAUGUGCCACUUAUUGGUGGUGUCGGACCACAGACAUCUCCAGUUGUAGCGCCAUCAGAAGACGUCACAUCUUCAGAACAGCAGAAGCAGGAGAAGGCGUCAAGUGAAGCGCCAAAGGAGACGAAGCCGUCGAUGAUCCACCAAUCGCCAUCGAUGCCUCCAUCGCAGAUGAUGACAGCGAUGGAGUCUCUGAAACUGAGCGAGAGUGGCGGGAAAUCACCGAGCAACAGCCAACAGCCACCACAACGAGCCACCUCCCAACAAAUGUCUCGUUCGGCUACCACUAACAGUGCAGCCAAUAUGGCCAGCAAUCAACAAUCAUCGGGUGCUCCUCAACAAUCGGGUGCUUCUAGUCAGCAAUGUCAUACGAAGCCAUCAUCAACUUCCUCUUCUUCUUCCUCUUCAACAACGGCACCAACGUCUUCUGGCCAACCACAUCAUCAGCAUCAACUAACCCAUAACGCGUCGUUCUCAGUGACCCCGUCCGCGUAUCAGAUGCCGACGACGACAACGAUCACGUCUGGAGCGCCAACGUCUUCAUCGGCGUUCCCCAGAAACACUAGAAAUCGGCAAACGUUCCAUGGAAAGACCGAAAAGGAUAAGGGCGGAGACGAUGGAUCUGACGAGAUUGGCGACACUCCAGCCAACGUAUCCAUUGGUGCGACUGGUGCGUCGGCUAACAACACGGAGGGAACGAUUUGGAGCAAAUUGAGCAAAUUGACGAGACGAGACCACAAUAGAGAGAGUAUGACCCAGCCGGUAUCCAGCAGAGCUGGAACCAUCGGAGCCGCUCAGGGACAGCAGACUGCUGCCGCUCUGGCAGCGAUUCGAGAACAAUCGUCGGGACCACUGACGCCUGGAACACCACCAGUAGCACAAGCGAUGACACAAGAAGGAGACGUCAAGCCACGAUCGUUGAGAUUCACGUGGAGUAUGAAGACGACGUCGUCGCUGGCGCCGGAUGACAUGAUGAGAGAAAUUCGAAAAGUGUUGGACGCGAACGGUUGUGACUACGAGCAGCGAGAACGCUACAUGAUUCUGUGUGUGCACGGCGAUCCGAAUACGGAUUCGUUGGUUCAGUGGGAAAUGGAGGUCUGCAAACUGCCACGUCUCAGUCUGAAUGGUGUCCGAUUCAAGCGGAUAUCUGGAACGUCGAUAGGAUUCAAAAACAUUGCGUCGAAGAUAGCACAGGAGUUGAAUCUCUAA